AUGGCCUCCGCCGCUGAAGCUGCACAGGAAGCGCUCCUCAAGCAGCUGUUCGUGCUACUUGAAGACGCGCGUACGACUGCCGCCAUCUCCCUCGCAGGCUUGACAAUCAUCGUAUUCGACCAUAUCUCAACCUUCGCGGAUGAGGUGGAGCUAAUCUGGAAAACACGUCUAAGCCUCAUCAACAUAUUUUAUGUGUGGAUACGAUAUUUUACCCUCGUCACCUUAACUGCCAAUGUCGUUUUUUUGCUUACGCCGCAAACACAACAAUCCUUAGUUGUGAGCACCGUUCACAUUAUUGGAACCACCGUCGCUGAUCUAUCUGGUCUUAAAAGCUGCCAACGCAUGCUCUUUGGAGAAAUGGCUACUUCCACCGUCACCAUCAUAUCCACGGAUUUAGUUCUGGUUGCACGAGUUUGGAUCCUCUACAGCAAACCGAAGGGGUUAUUGAUCGCAUUACUCACUCUUGUUUCUCUCGAGGCGAUCUCGAUGUCUAUCGUGGGGUAUUUCACUAUUCGACCGCUACGAGAAUUUGUGCACGCCGGGUCACAUCUGACGGGUUGUUACUCAUUAGGUAUGGUCAUCCAAGUCAGCGUUGGACCCAAGUCACGCUCUCCAGAGGUCCCUCGUUUGUUCACAUAUUACUCGCUUCCUGUGCUCAUUAUUGCGGUCAUCAUGUUCUUGAUGACACUUUACAAGUGCGGUACCAACUACUUGGCUAUGGGUUCCCUCCAACGGAUGCCGCUCUUUUCGAUGUUCCUUCGUGACGGAGUACUAUGGUUCCUCUUCUUAUUGGCGGAUUGUGUAUCGGAAUUUGUGAUUUGGUCACGUGCAAGGCCGACCCUGGCACAAACUCCAGUAAUCUUCCCCACUGCGAUUAUAUCCGUCAUCGGGACGCGUGUUAUCAUGAAUAUCAAGCAUGCCUUGAACGACACUGACUUUGGGUCUUCUUCAUACGGCACGUCAUUAACGCUGCCGACCGGGCUAGAGACAAGCACUGGUACCGGCUCUGGGUCGUACUCAGAUCGGCGACCAAGUAAACGGAGCGCAGAUAAUUCACCCUGGUAUCUACGGACAACCUAA